GCAAGAAGACACAUGGACACAAGUUUCUGAGCCUAAACAGAAUCAGAUGAUUCACUCUUGAAUUCAUUCACCUCCAUACACACUGAAGCCUUGUAAGGACUACGAAUUGCUGCAUUGACCAGAGGAAGAAAAGUAACAAAAGCUAUGGAGAACUCAACCCAAGUCAAGUUAUUUUAUCUCUUUGGCUUACAAGAGACAUUUAACAACAAAUCUGUUUAUUUUAUAUUGCCUCUUAUCACAUACCUUCUCAUCAUCACUGUGAAUUUGACUCUGAUCAUAACAGUCAUUCAGGAGAAAGGUCUCCAUGAGCCCAUGUAUAUCUUUCUGUGUAGUUUAUGUAUCAAUGGAUUGUAUGGAACUGCUGGUUUCUACCCCAAGUUGUUACUGGACCUUCAGUCAGAUGUUCAGGUGAUAUCUUAUGGUGGAUGUUUCACUCAAGCCUAUGUCAUAUACACAUCUGUCAUGUGUGAAAUUUCUACUCUAACAGUGAUGUCUUACGACAGGUAUGUGGCAAUAUGUAGACCACUACUAUAUCAUACCAUUGUGACAUCUUUAACUGUUAGAAAUUUACUCUUAUUUUCUUGGUGUUGUCCUUUAUUUAUAGCACUCAUAGCACUUAGUUUAGCUGUCAGAAUUUCUUUGUGUGGAUCUCGCAUUGAUAAGAUAUUCUGUGACAUUCCGUCUAUACUGAAACAUGCAUGUUUACCCAUAACCUUCAAUCAGAAUUUGAACAAAUUUGUAAUAGUGGUUAAUGUUUUACAGAUACUUUUCAUUGUAUUUUCUUACUGUCAGAUUGUCAGGACUUGUGUAAAGUCAGCAAAGGGAAGGAUUAAGUUCACACAGACAUGUGUGCCACAUUUAAUAACGAUAUUUAUUUUCAUCACAGUGACCCUGUUUGACAAUUUGCAAGGGUGGAAUAAUGUAAAUAGUACACUAAAUAUGCGUAAUGCAAUGGCUGUACAAUUCCUUGUUAUACCACCUGUCUUUAACCCUCUCAUAUAUGGACUUAACCUCCAGAAGAUUCGAAGGGCAGUUUUUAGAAAGUGUAAUGCACAUAAAAUCAUUGAUAUGAAAUGUUAGUUACAUGAUCCUACACAACAGGGAAACUGCUUUAUGUCAGAAGCAAGGAUAACGUGGGCCUUGGUCAACCAAAAGUGGUCUUUUCUUUCAACCAAUCGAUUUGUCUAAAUUUGAAAACAGAUUUUUCCAUAUAUAGACACAUCCAAUGUGCCUAUUUAACUUACCAUUUCUACCAACCUGCGAGACAGUUAUGAUUUUCAUAGGCACAUAUUCAUGGAACAAUUUCAUUUAAUUAUUAAUAGUCUUUGUAUCUCAAUCAUUGUCUGUGGUUAAUCCACCUUCUACAAUAUUAAUCUAAAUGAAAAUGAUACAAGUCUAAAUGUAACUGUUAU